GCGGCCGCCGGUUCGGUCUUCGUCGCGCAUUUCGGGCUCCGCUACUCCAGGUUGCCCGCGCCGCGCGCCCCCGGGCUCGUCCGAGCGCCCGGACCACCGUGUCGCCUCGGGCCAGCCCUGCCCGCGCUCGGUGACGGCGACCAGGAGUAUGUGAGCCCGGAUUGGGCGGGUGCGACGGAACCUGCGGCCGCGUGCGCCGAGAUUCCGUACGAAGAGCUAUGGGUGCACCAGGCCCCCGAGAACCUCGUCGAUGCCCGUGUCCGGCAGUUGCCAGGGCCGGACCUCAUCUCUUUCGGGACCGUGGGGUCCCCACGUCAUGAGUCCGAAGCACCACCGCCUCCUGUCCCCCCCAAAUCCGAGGCGGUAAAGGAAGAGUGUCGCCUGCUUCAUGCCCCUCCUGUACCUCCUCGGGGCGGCAGCAGCUGCAGCAGGCUCACAGGCAGCCCCCCAGUGCCGCCCCGCUUUCCCAAGCUGCAGCCUGUCCACUCACCCAGCUCCAGCCUCUCCUAUUAUUCCUCAGGCCUGCAGGAUGGGGCAGGAUCCCGCAGUGGCAGUGGUUCCCCAUCACCGGAUGCCUACUCCCUCUAUUGUUACCCUUGUACCUGGGGAGACUGCAAGGCCAGCGAAUCCUCUAGUCGACCACCCCCAGGACCCAUGCCUUCUACCACCACUCAGCCCAGCCAGGCCUCAAGAGCCCUAGCUGAGCCUCCGAGUGGUCGGACCACCUCCCUCUUAGGGGCUGACACCCCAGUGGCUAAGAACUACCAUGGCUGUCCACCUCUGUUCAAGCCCUCCCACGCCCAGAAGCGCUUUGCUCCAUUUGGUGCGCUCAACCCCUUUUCUGGGCCUGCCCACCCUUCAGGUACUCCAGUGGCCUCCUCCUCUGCGUCCACAUCCACCUCGGGUGCCCUGGCUACCUCCAGCCCCACACAUUCCCCGGGCCCAGGCCCUCAGGGCCAAGGUUACUCAGCUGCUCUGUCCUCCUCUGAGUGGCAGGAGCCAGCACUGGAACCCUUGGACCCAUUUGAGCUGGGGCAGGCUAGUCCUCCAGAGCUGGAGCUGCUGCGCUGUCAGGAGCCCAGAGCUGUGGGGACACCUGGGUCUGGACCUUGCCUUUCACCACUUGGUCCUCCUAAGGCCUUUGAGCCUGAAGGUUUGGUGCUGAGGCAGGUCCCCGCCUCAUUGUCACCAGCUGCCUUGCAGGGGCCCGAGACAGGAGGGACCCUACUCUUUCUCACCCAAGGGGGCCUGGAAGGGCCUCCUGGCAGUCCCCGGGAGGGAGCCACAGGCGCUGGAGUCCGGGAUACACCCCCCUGGCAGCCACCAGCGGACUUGUCUGCGCUCUCCCUGGAAGAGGUCUCGCGCAGCCUGCGCUUCAUUGGGCUCUCCGAGGACGUGGUGAGCUUCUUUGCCCGAGAACGCAUCGAUGGAAGCAUCUUCGUGCAACUCAGUGAAGACAUCUUGGCUGACGACUUCCAUCUCACCAAGCUGCAGGUCAAGAAGAUCAUGCAGUUCAUUAAGGGCUGGAGACCCAAGAUCUGAACCGUCCGGCCCGCGGCGGCACAGCCUGAAUGCCCCGGGAGUGGAGGCCCUGAGAUCUUCCGGGGGCAGGGCCUCCCGCAGGAGAGGAGAGCCAAGACUGAGGCUGCUCGGUGGGUUCUGAGUGUUCCAGGGAGACACUUUGGGACCUGUGGGCCUCUGCAGCCGGACCUUGCAGGAGCAAGUCUUGUUUGUGAAGACUACUUGGGGAGGGGGCGCUGCUCGGCACCUGCCCCGGUGGGGCUUUUGCUGUCAUUCCCACAGCAGAGUAAAGGUGGCGUGUGUGGCAGCAGGGGGCAGAACGCCUUCCUGUGCCCCGCUGUAGCCUUUCAGACA